UGUCCGAGUGCUUUGACUAUGUAUCUCCUCGGGAUAUCUAUGAGGACUGUGUCUAUGACUCAUGUGCCCUCGGUCCUGACUUUGAUAUAUGUGACUACAUCCAGGAAUAUGCCUUGAUCUGUAUGGAUGAAGGCAUCGAUCUGGGAGAUUGGAGAUCGGAGGUUCCAGAGUGUGCUAUAACUUGCACUGGAGGUAAAGUGUACCAGACCGGAGCCAGCGCAUGUCAACCGACCUGUGGGUUCCAGCCCUCUGGCCCCUGCACCCGCCCCUCAUACGACAGGUGCGUCUGUCCAGACGGCCUGGUAGAGGAUGGAGACCGGUGUGUUGACCCUAACGAGUGCGGGUGUGAUUUCUUCUACGGAGGAGAGAACAUCCACAUGGAGUCUCGCUCUGAAUGGAUCAGUGAUACCUGCGACCGCCGUUGUACCUGUACCGGAAUCACCCUGACCUGUUCUGACAUAGAGUGCGGAGAGUAUGAAGAAUGCAUCAUCAAGGGCGGGGUCAGGGACUGCUACUGCUUUGACAGAUUCACCCGCAACGAGGACGAUAUAUGUGUCAGAGCUCCCGGGGAAUGCACCGUUUGGGGUGACCCUCACUACACCACCUUCGACAACGGUAGGCACGACUUCCAAGGAGAUUGUGAGUACACCCUGGUUAGACCGUGCACCGAUCGUACUGAUUUGGUCGACUUUCACCUCUGGGGUGAUAACAAGAAGAUCCAACCUUCACAGUCGGUGUCGUACCUGAGGGAGAUUGUGCUUGAGGUGAACGGCACCAGCAUUGCAAUCAAGCAGAACCGUGAGAUCCUGGUAAACGGGGCCAGGAGGAUGGCUCCCAUUAGGAUGAACAAUGGCAUCAUGAUACGUACUGAAAGUGCCUACUCGAUCAUUGAGACUGAUUUUGGGUUGGAAGUGAGAUAUGACGGUGGAAGCACUGCCCAUAUUAAGAUUUCAUAUGACUACUGGAACGCUACAUGUGGCCUGUGUGGUACCUUUGACGAUGACAGGACCAAUGAAUUCAGGUUACCAGAUGGUAGUGUGACAACAUCUGAAAAUGUAUUUGGUAAUAGUUGGGUGUUAGAUGUCUAUGAGUGUGACCCCGAUUUAGAGAGACCAGUCGACAGGUGUAAGGAGGAUUCUGCUAUCAAAGAUCUGGUGGAAGAUAUCUGCUAUAUCUUUAUCAAUCCAGAAGGACCCCUUGGUGACUGUCUUGACUUUGUGAAGGAGGAUGAUUACUACGAUGCCUGUAUCUUUGAUCUCUGCUACACCGAUCCUGGUAACGACAUCAUCUGCGGGGCCUUGCAGGAGUACGUUCAGCAAUGCAGGGAAGCCAACGGCAUCAUCGGAAACUGGAGAGAGAGUGUGCUACAGUGUCCAUUUGAGUGUCCCACCGGCAAGACCUACCAGCCCUGUGGAAGUGCCUGCCAGCCAAGCUGCACCUUACCCGAGGCAGACCUGAACUGCACCCUUCCCUGCCAAGAGACCUGUAGCUGUCCAGAGGGACAGCUAGACGAUGGAGGGCGAUGCGUGGAACCUGAGAAUUGCGGAUGCACCCUUCCUGAUGGCAGUUACAUAUCGGCUGGUAUGAUGUGGAUCAGCGAUGAUUGCUCUGAGUCUUGUAGCUGUUCAGGAGGAGUGACGGAGUGUUUGCCGUAUGGAUGCAAGGAAUAUCAGGAAUGUCGGAUCAAAGGCAACAUCCGAGACUGCUACUGCAGAGACAGAUUCACCUACGAUGGUGAACAGUGCAUCAGAGAGGAUGGAACUUGCACCAUCUGGGGAGAUCCCCAUUACACCACCUUUGACAACGUGAAGUAUGAUUUCCAAGGGGAUUGUGACUACACCUUAGUCAGGCCGUGCUCCAUCCGACCCGGCAUGGUGGAUUUCCACAUCUGGGGAGGCAACGAAAAGAACCGCCCAUCCAGCACAGUGACCCUCAUGAGACGUAUCAGUCUGGAGGUCAAUGGAACAGUCUAUACGGUAUCCAAGGACAAUGGCAUCUAUCUGAACGGAGAGCUCAGGAACUCGCCCGUUAUUGACCCCAAUGGGGUAGUUAUUAGAUCAGGAGUCAAAUAUACUAUUAUUGAGACUUACUUUGGGGUGACCAUUCGAUAUGAUCGCAGUGACACCGCCCAUAUACAGAUGCCCUUUGAAUACUGGAAUGCAACAUGUGGUCUUUGUGGAACGUUUGAUGAUGACAAAGCCAAUGACUUCAAGCUUCCUGAUGGCAGUAUAACCCCAUACGUAAAUGUCUUCGGAAAUGGCUGGAUACAGAAUGCUGAUGAAUGUGACCCGACUAUCACAGAUCCUAUUGAUAAUUGCGAGGAUGAUGAAGAUCUUUAUCAGGAAAUCAGGGAUAUCUGCUACAUUUUCAUUGAUCCAGAUGGUCCUCUAGGAAACUGUUUUGACUAUGUUGAUUCUAAGGAUUACUACGAAGCCUGUCUCUAUGAUCUGUGCCACACUGAUCCUGGUAGUGACGUCAUCUGUCCUGCCAUCCAGGAGUAUGCCCAACAGUGCAGGGAAGCUAACGGCCUUGUCGGACUCUGGAGAGCUGCUCUUCCACGUUGUGCAUUUGAGUGCCCAAUAGAUAGGAUCUAUGAGCUUUGUGGGAGUGCCUGUCAUCCAAGCUGCGCGGAACCGGAUGCUAAUAUCAACUGCACUUUACCAUGCCAAGAGACCUGUACCUGCCGUGAUGGCAAGCUGGAUGAUCGUGGGCGAUGCGUUGAGCCAUCAGAGUGUGGAUGCCUAGUCCCGGGUGGGAUCUAUAUCUCGGCUACUGAUACCUGGACAAGCCGCGACUGCAGUGAGCGAUGCACCUGCUUCAACGGACAGGCUCAGUGUGAGCCGUUUGGAUGUACCGACAAUCAAGAAUGCGCACUGAGGAACGGUGUGCAGGAUUGUUACUGCUUAGAUGGGUUUCUUUCACUUGGAGACGUUUGUGUCAGGGCCCCUGGCCACUGUCAGAUCUGGGGCGAUCCUCACUAUGUUACCUUCGAUAAGAAGAAAUACAACUUCCAGGGUUCCUGCGACUACACUUUGGUCAGAGAUUGCGGAAACUCCAGUGACUACCACCUGUGGUCCAACAAUAAACGACGGCGCCCAUCCAGCCGUGUUUCUUUCCUGACGGAAGUGAUACUUGAUCUGAGGGGUUCCCGAUAUGCUUUGAUGGAGGGCUUCCAUGUCAGAGUAAAUGGCAUAGAUGUGUCUGACUACCUUCCAUACAUUGAUGACCAUGUCUUGAUCUACAUGGAUGUGACAUCAAUGAAUCUGGUAACAGAUUUCUUAUGGGUGAGUUAUGAUGGACAAGACAGCGCUGAUGUGUACCUCAGCUACUAUGCAGGAAGAACGUGUGGCCUUUGCGGAUCUUAUGAUAGUGACAAAAAGAAUGAUUUAAUGCUUCCUUCAGAGGAGUUGGCAAGAUCAGCAACAGAGUUUGGAAACAGUUGGGUUGUUAAUCCUGACCAGUGUGAAGAUGUGGAUCCAGGUCCAACUGACCCUUGUGAAAAUGGAGUGACCAGUCGGGAGGAUGCAAUAGAUCUUUGUUACUACCUUAAAGAUCCUCUUGGACCCUUUGCUUCCUGCCAUAGUUAUGUAGAUCCCGAAGACCACCAUGGCUCAUGUCUUUAUGAUGUAUGUGAGAUGGGUGAGGAAGCCCUGUGUACCAGUCUUGAACGAUACGCCCAGGCAUGCAAGAGCGCGGGAGGGAACCCUGGUACCUGGAGAGCACAUGUGCCAGAAUGCCCGCUAAACUGUCCUUCGAACACUGUGUAUGAUCCCUGCUUCAGUGGCUGUCCAGCAACAUGUUCCUCUGCUUCCAGCUCAUUGUCCUGCAAUGCCACCUGCCAGGAGACAUGCCGGUGUGAGGAUGGACUGGUGCUUGAUGGCGGGAAGUGCGUUGAUCCAUCGCAGUGUGGUUGCACUCUGGACAACGGUGUUUAUAUUCCGUCUGGGGGAGCAUGGACCGACUCGGACUGCACACAACACUGCACCUGUGAAGCUGGGCGUUCCCAGUGUGAUGCUUUUGAGUGCGGAGAGAACGAGGAAUGUGAUAUCAAGAACGGAGUUCCAAGCUGUUACUGCAAAGACGGCUACACCUCCCUUGGAGAUGCCUGCUUUAGAGCUCCUGGGUAUUGUCAGAUCUGGGGUGAUCCUCAUUAUGUUACCUUCGAUAAGAAGAAGUACAACUUCCAGGGUGCCUGCGACUACACUUUGGUCAGAGAUUGCGGAAACUCCAGUGACUACCACCUGUGGUCCAACAAUGAACGACGGCGCCCAUCCGACCGUGUUUCUUUCCUGAGGGAAGUGAUACUUGAUCUGAGGGGUUCCCGAUACUCUUUGAUGAAGGGCUUCCACGUCAGAGUAAAUGGCGUAGAUGUGUCUGACUAUCUUCCCUACAUUGAUGACCAGGCCUUGAUCUACCGGGAUGUGACAUCAGUGAAUCUGGUAACGGAUUUCUUGUGGGUGAGCUACGACGGACAAGACAGCGCCGAUGUGUACCUGAGCUACUAUGCAGGAAGAACCUGUGGCCUUUGUGGAUCUUUUGAUGGGGAGAAGAAGAAUGAUUUGCUGCUUCCUUCCGGGGAUUUGGCAAGAUCUGCCACUGAGUUUGGAAACAGUUGGGUGGUUAAUCCUGACCAGUGCGAAGAUGUGGAUCCAGGUCCAACCGAUCCUUGCGAGGAGGGAGAGAACGGACUGACAGCAUCUAGUGAUCUCUGCUAUUACUUGAAGGAUCCUACAGGACCAUUUGAAUCUUGUAUUGAGAUUUUGAGCCCUGACGACUACUACGACUCCUGCGUCUAUGACGUUUGCUUAACCGGUGAUGAUGCUCUGUGUGCCAGUCUCGCCCAGUAUGCCCGUGCCUGCAAGAUGGAGGGAGGGAAUCCUGGCAGAUGGAGACUGGGUGUGGAUGAAUGCCAGCUGAACUGUCCUUCGAACACUGUGUACGAUCCAUGCUUCAGUGGCUGUCCAGCAACAUGUUCCUCUGCUUCCAGCUCAUUGUCCUGCAAUGCCACCUGCCAGGAGACAUGCCGGUGUGAGGAUGGACUGGUGCUCGAUGGCGGGAAGUGCGUUGAUCCAUCGCAGUGUGGUUGCACUCUGGACAACGGUGUUUAUAUUCCGUCUGGGGGAGCAUGGACCGACUCGGACUGCACACAACACUGCACCUGUGAAGCUGGGCGUUCCCAGUGUGAUGCUUUUGAGUGCGGAGAGAACGAGGAAUGUGAUAUCAAGAACGGAGUUCCAAGCUGUUACUGCAAAGACGGCUACACCUCCCUUGGAGAUGCCUGCUUUAGAGCUCCUGGGUAUUGUCAGAUCUGGGGUGAUCCUCAUUAUGUUACCUUCGAUAAGAAGAAGUACAACUUCCAGGGUGCCUGCGACUACACUUUGGUCAGAGAUUGCGGAAACUCCAGUGACUACCACCUGUGGUCCAACAAUGAACGACGGCGCCCAUCCGACCGUGUUUCUUUCCUGAGGGAAGUGAUACUUGAUCUGAGGGGUUCCCGAUACUCUUUGAUGAAGGGCUUCCACGUCAGAGUAAAUGGCGUAGAUGUGUCUGACUACCUUCCCUACAUUGAUGACCAGGCCUUGAUCUACCGGGAUGUGACAUCAGUGAAUCUGGUAACGGAUUUCUUGUGGGUGAGCUACGACGGACAAGACAGCGCCGAUGUGUACCUGAGCUACUAUGCAGGAAGAACCUGUGGCCUUUGUGGAUCUUUUGAUGGGGAGAAGAAGAAUGAUUUGCUGCUUCCUUCCGGGGAUUUGGCAAGAUCUGCCACUGAGUUUGGAAACAGUUGGGUGGUUAAUCCUGACCAGUGCGAAGAUGUGGAUCCAGGUCCAACCGAUCCUUGCGAGGAGGGAGAGAACGGACUGACAGCAUCUAGUGAUCUCUGCUAUUACUUGAAGGAUCCUACAGGACCAUUUGAAUCUUGUAUUGAGAUUUUGAGCCCUGACGACUACUACGACUCCUGCGUCUAUGACGUUUGCUUAACCGGUGAUGAUGCUCUGUGUGCCAGUCUCGCCCAGUAUGCCCGUGCCUGCAAGAUGGAGGGAGGGAAUCCUGGCAGAUGGAGACUGGGUGUGGAUGAAUGCCAGCUGAACUGUCCUUCGAACACUGUGUACGAUCCAUGCUUCAGUGGCUGUCCAGCAACAUGUUCCUCUGCUUCCAGCUCAUUGUCCUGCAAUGCCACCUGCCAGGAGACAUGCCGGUGUGAGGAUGGACUGGUGCUCGAUGGCGGGAAGUGCGUUGAUCCAUCGCAGUGUGGUUGCACUCUGGACAACGGUGUUUAUAUUCCGUCUGGGGGAGCAUGGACCGACUCGGACUGCACACAACACUGCACCUGUGAAGCUGGGCGUUCCCAGUGUGAUGCUUUUGAGUGCGGAGAGAACGAGGAAUGUGAUAUCAAGAACGGAGUUCCAAGCUGUUACUGCAAAGACGGCUACACCUCCCUUGGAGAUGCCUGCUUUAGAGCUCCUGGGUAUUGUCAGAUCUGGGGUGAUCCUCAUUAUGUUACCUUCGAUAAGAAGAAGUACAACUUCCAGGGUGCCUGCGACUACACUUUGGUCAGAGAUUGCGGAAACUCCAGUGACUACCACCUGUGGUCCAACAAUGAACGACGGCGCCCAUCCGACCGUGUUUCUUUCCUGAGGGAAGUGAUACUUGAUCUGAGGGGUUCCCGAUACUCUUUGAUGAAGGGCUUCCACGUCAGAGUAAAUGGCGUAGAUGUGUCUGACUACCUUCCCUACAUUGAUGACCAGGCCUUGAUCUACCGGGAUGUGACAUCAGUGAAUCUGGUAACGGAUUUCUUGUGGGUGAGCUACGACGGACAAGACAGCGCCGAUGUGUACCUGAGCUACUAUGCAGGAAGAACCUGUGGCCUUUGUGGAUCUUUUGAUGGGGAGAAGAAGAAUGAUUUGCUGCUUCCUUCCGGGGAUUUGGCAAGAUCUGCCACUGAGUUUGGAAACAGUUGGGUGGUUAAUCCUGACCAGUGCGAAGAUGUGGAUCCAGGUCCAACCGAUCCUUGCGAGGAGGGAGAGAACGGACUGACAGCAUCUAGUGAUCUCUGCUAUUACUUGAAGGAUCCUACAGGACCAUUUGAAUCUUGUAUUGAGAUUUUGAGCCCUGACGACUACUACGACUCCUGCGUCUAUGACGUUUGCUUAACCGGUGAUGAUGCUCUGUGUGCCAGUCUCGCCCAGUAUGCCCGUGCCUGCAAGAUGGAGGGAGGGAAUCCUGGCAGAUGGAGACUGGGUGUGGAUGAAUGCCAGCUGAACUGUCCUUCGAACACUGUGUACGAUCCAUGCUUCAGUGGCUGUCCAGCAACAUGUUCCUCUGCUUCCAGCUCAUUGUCCUGCAAUGCCACCUGCCAGGAGACAUGCCGGUGUGAGGAUGGACUGGUGCUCGAUGGCGGGAAGUGCGUUGAUCCAUCGCAGUGUGGUUGCACUCUGGACAACGGUGUUUAUAUUCCGUCUGGGGGAGCAUGGACCGACUCGGACUGCACACAACACUGCACCUGUGAAGCUGGGCGUUCCCAGUGUGAUGCUUUUGAGUGCGGAGAGAACGAGGAAUGUGAUAUCAAGAACGGAGUUCCAAGCUGUUACUGCAAAGACGGCUACACCUCCCUUGGAGAUGCCUGCUUUAGAGCUCCUGGGUAUUGUCAGAUCUGGGGUGAUCCUCAUUAUGUUACCUUCGAUAAGAAGAAGUACAACUUCCAGGGUGCCUGCGACUACACUUUGGUCAGAGAUUGCGGAAACUCCAGUGACUACCACCUGUGGUCCAACAAUGAACGACGGCGCCCAUCCGACCGUGUUUCUUUCCUGAGGGAAGUGAUACUUGAUCUGAGGGGUUCCCGAUACUCUUUGAUGAAGGGCUUCCACGUCAGAGUAAAUGGCGUAGAUGUGUCUGACUACCUUCCCUACAUUGAUGACCAGGCCUUGAUCUACCGGGAUGUGACAUCAGUGAAUCUGGUAACGGAUUUCUUGUGGGUGAGCUACGACGGACAAGACAGCGCCGAUGUGUACCUGAGCUACUAUGCAGGAAGAACCUGUGGCCUUUGUGGAUCUUUUGAUGGGGAGAAGAAGAAUGAUUUGCUGCUUCCUUCCGGGGAUUUGGCAAGAUCUGCCACUGAGUUUGGAAACAGUUGGGUGGUUAAUCCUGACCAGUGCGAAGAUGUGGAUCCAGGUCCAACCGAUCCUUGCGAGGAGGGAGAGAACGGACUGACAGCAUCUAGUGAUCUCUGCUAUUACUUGAAGGAUCCUACAGGACCAUUUGAAUCUUGUAUUGAGAUUUUGAGCCCUGACGACUACUACGACUCCUGCGUCUAUGACGUUUGCUUAACCGGUGAUGAUGCUCUGUGUGCCAGUCUCGCCCAGUAUGCCCGUGCCUGCAAGAUGGAGGGAGGGAAUCCUGGCAGAUGGAGACUGGGUGUGGAUGAAUGCCAGCUGAACUGUCCUUCGAACACUGUGUACGAUCCAUGCUUCAGUGGCUGUCCAGCAACAUGUUCCUCUGCUUCCAGCUCAUUGUCCUGCAAUGCCACCUGCCAGGAGACAUGCCGGUGUGAGGAUGGACUGGUGCUCGAUGGCGGGAAGUGCGUUGAUCCAUCGCAGUGUGGUUGCACUCUGGACAACGGUGUUUAUAUUCCGUCUGGGGGAGCAUGGACCGACUCGGACUGCACACAACACUGCACCUGUGAAGCUGGGCGUUCCCAGUGUGAUGCUUUUGAGUGCGGAGAGAACGAGGAAUGUGAUAUCAAGAACGGAGUUCCAAGCUGUUACUGCAAAGACGGCUACACCUCCCUUGGAGAUGCCUGCUUUAGAGCUCCUGGGUAUUGUCAGAUCUGGGGUGAUCCUCAUUAUGUUACCUUCGAUAAGAAGAAGUACAACUUCCAGGGUGCCUGCGACUACACUUUGGUCAGAGAUUGCGGAAACUCCAGUGACUACCACCUGUGGUCCAACAAUGAACGACGGCGCCCAUCCGACCGUGUUUCUUUCCUGAGGGAAGUGAUACUUGAUCUGAGGGGUUCCCGAUACUCUUUGAUGAAGGGCUUCCACGUCAGAGUAAAUGGCGUAGAUGUGUCUGACUACCUUCCCUACAUUGAUGACCAGGCCUUGAUCUACCGGGAUGUGACAUCAGUGAAUCUGGUAACGGAUUUCUUGUGGGUGAGCUACGACGGACAAGACAGCGCCGAUGUGUACCUGAGCUACUAUGCAGGAAGAACCUGUGGCCUUUGUGGAUCUUUUGAUGGGGAGAAGAAGAAUGAUUUGCUGCUUCCUUCCGGGGAUUUGGCAAGAUCUGCCACUGAGUUUGGAAACAGUUGGGUGGUUAAUCCUGACCAGUGCGAAGAUGUGGAUCCAGGUCCAACCGAUCCUUGCGAGGAGGGAGAGAACGGACUGACAGCAUCUAGUGAUCUCUGCUAUUACUUGAAGGAUCCUACAGGACCAUUUGAAUCUUGUAUUGAGAUUUUGAGCCCUGACGACUACUACGACUCCUGCGUCUAUGACGUUUGCUUAACCGGUGAUGAUGCUCUGUGUGCCAGUCUCGCCCAGUAUGCCCGUGCCUGCAAGAUGGAGGGAGGGAAUCCUGGCAGAUGGAGACUGGGUGUGGAUGAAUGCCAGCUGAACUGUCCUUCGAACACUGUGUACGAUCCAUGCUUCAGUGGCUGUCCAGCAACAUGUUCCUCUGCUUCCAGCUCAUUGUCCUGCAAUGCCACCUGCCAGGAGACAUGCCGGUGUGAGGAUGGACUGGUGCUCGAUGGCGGGAAGUGCGUUGAUCCAUCGCAGUGUGGUUGCACUCUGGACAACGGUGUUUAUAUUCCGUCUGGGGGAGCAUGGACCGACUCGGACUGCACACAACACUGCACCUGUGAAGCUGGGCGUUCCCAGUGUGAUGCUUUUGAGUGCGGAGAGAACGAGGAAUGUGAUAUCAAGAACGGAGUUCCAAGCUGUUACUGCAAAGACGGCUACACCUCCCUUGGAGAUGCCUGCUUUAGAGCUCCUGGGUAUUGUCAGAUCUGGGGUGAUCCUCAUUAUGUUACCUUCGAUAAGAAGAAGUACAACUUCCAGGGUGCCUGCGACUACACUUUGGUCAGAGAUUGCGGAAACUCCAGUGACUACCACCUGUGGUCCAACAAUGAACGACGGCGCCCAUCCGACCGUGUUUCUUUCCUGAGGGAAGUGAUACUUGAUCUGAGGGGUUCCCGAUACUCUUUGAUGAAGGGCUUCCACGUCAGAGUAAAUGGCGUAGAUGUGUCUGACUACCUUCCCUACAUUGAUGACCAGGCCUUGAUCUACCGGGAUGUGACAUCAGUGAAUCUGGUAACGGAUUUCUUGUGGGUGAGCUACGACGGACAAGACAGCGCCGAUGUGUACCUGAGCUACUAUGCAGGAAGAACCUGUGGCCUUUGUGGAUCUUUUGAUGGGGAGAAGAAGAAUGAUUUGCUGCUUCCUUCCGGGGAUUUGGCAAGAUCUGCCACUGAGUUUGGAAACAGUUGGGUGGUUAAUCCUGACCAGUGCGAAGAUGUGGAUCCAGGUCCAACCGAUCCUUGCGAGGAGGGAGAGAACGGACUGACAGCAUCUAGUGAUCUCUGCUAUUACUUGAAGGAUCCUACAGGACCAUUUGAAUCUUGUAUUGAGAUUUUGAGCCCUGACGACUACUACGACUCCUGCGUCUAUGACGUUUGCUUAACCGGUGAUGAUGCUCUGUGUGCCAGUCUCGCCCAGUAUGCCCGUGCCUGCAAGAUGGAGGGAGGGAAUCCUGGCAGAUGGAGACUGGGUGUGGAUGAAUGCCAGCUGAACUGUCCUUCGAACACUGUGUACGAUCCAUGCUUCAGUGGCUGUCCAGCAACAUGUUCCUCUGCUUCCAGCUCAUUGUCCUGCAAUGCCACCUGCCAGGAGACAUGCCGGUGUGAGGAUGGACUGGUGCUCGAUGGCGGGAAGUGCGUUGAUCCAUCGCAGUGUGGUUGCACUCUGGACAACGGUGUUUAUAUUCCGUCUGGGGGAGCAUGGACCGACUCGGACUGCACACAACACUGCACCUGUGAAGCUGGGCGUUCCCAGUGUGAUGCUUUUGAGUGCGGAGAGAACGAGGAAUGUGAUAUCAAGAACGGAGUUCCAAGCUGUUACUGCAAAGACGGCUACACCUCCCUUGGAGAUGCCUGCUUUAGAGCUCCUGGGUAUUGUCAGAUCUGGGGUGAUCCUCAUUAUGUUACCUUCGAUAAGAAGAAGUACAACUUCCAGGGUGCCUGCGACUACACUUUGGUCAGAGAUUGCGGAAACUCCAGUGACUACCACCUGUGGUCCAACAAUGAACGACGGCGCCCAUCCGACCGUGUUUCUUUCCUGAGGGAAGUGAUACUUGAUCUGAGGGGUUCCCGAUACUCUUUGAUGAAGGGCUUCCACGUCAGAGUAAAUGGCGUAGAUGUGUCUGACUACCUUCCCUACAUUGAUGACCAGGCCUUGAUCUACCGGGAUGUGACAUCAGUGAAUCUGGUAACGGAUUUCUUGUGGGUGAGCUACGACGGACAAGACAGCGCCGAUGUGUACCUGAGCUACUAUGCAGGAAGAACCUGUGGCCUUUGUGGAUCUUUUGAUGGGGAGAAGAAGAAUGAUUUGCUGCUUCCUUCCGGGGAUUUGGCAAGAUCUGCCACUGAGUUUGGAAACAGUUGGGUGGUUAAUCCUGACCAGUGCGAAGAUGUGGAUCCAGGUCCAACCGAUCCUUGCGAGGAGGGAGAGAACGGACUGACAGCAUCUAGUGAUCUCUGCUAUUACUUGAAGGAUCCUACAGGACCAUUUGAAUCUUGUAUUGAGAUUUUGAGCCCUGACGACUACUACGACUCCUGCGUCUAUGACGUUUGCUUAACCGGUGAUGAUGCUCUGUGUGCCAGUCUCGCCCAGUAUGCCCGUGCCUGCAAGAUGGAGGGAGGGAAUCCUGGCAGAUGGAGACUGGGUGUGGAUGAAUGCCAGCUGAACUGUCCUUCGAACACUGUGUACGAUCCAUGCUUCAGUGGCUGUCCAGCAACAUGUUCCUCUGCUUCCAGCUCAUUGUCCUGCAAUGCCACCUGCCAGGAGACAUGCCGGUGUGAGGAUGGACUGGUGCUCGAUGGCGGGAAGUGCGUUGAUCCAUCGCAGUGUGGUUGCACUCUGGACAACGGUGUUUAUAUUCCGUCUGGGGGAGCAUGGACCGACUCGGACUGCACACAACACUGCACCUGUGAAGCUGGGCGUUCCCAGUGUGAUGCUUUUGAGUGCGGAGAGAACGAGGAAUGUGAUAUCAAGAACGGAGUUCCAAGCUGUUACUGCAAAGACGGCUACACCUCCCUUGGAGAUGCCUGCUUUAGAGCUCCUGGGUAUUGUCAGAUCUGGGGUGAUCCUCAUUAUGUUACCUUCGAUAAGAAGAAGUACAACUUCCAGGGUGCCUGCGACUACACUUUGGUCAGAGAUUGCGGAAACUCCAGUGACUACCACCUGUGGUCCAACAAUGAACGACGGCGCCCAUCCGACCGUGUUUCUUUCCUGAGGGAAGUGAUACUUGAUCUGAGGGGUUCCCGAUACUCUUUGAUGAAGGGCUUCCACGUCAGAGUAAAUGGCGUAGAUGUGUCUGACUACCUUCCCUACAUUGAUGACCAGGCCUUGAUCUACCGGGAUGUGACAUCAGUGAAUCUGGUAACGGAUUUCUUGUGGGUGAGCUACGACGGACAAGACAGCGCCGAUGUGUACCUGAGCUACUAUGCAGGAAGAACCUGUGGCCUUUGUGGAUCUUUUGAUGGGGAGAAGAAGAAUGAUUUGCUGCUUCCUUCCGGGGAUUUGGCAAGAUCUGCCACUGAGUUUGGAAACAGUUGGGUGGUUAAUCCUGACCAGUGCGAAGAUGUGGAUCCAGGUCCAACCGAUCCUUGCGAGGAGGGAGAGAACGGACUGACAGCAUCUAGUGAUCUCUGCUAUUACUUGAAGGAUCCUACAGGACCAUUUGAAUCUUGUAUUGAGAUUUUGAGCCCUGACGACUACUACGACUCCUGCGUCUAUGACGUUUGCUUAACCGGUGAUGAUGCUCUGUGUGCCAGUCUCGCCCAGUAUGCCCGUGCCUGCAAGAUGGAGGGAGGGAAUCCUGGCAGAUGGAGACUGGGUGUGGAUGAAUGCCAGCUGAACUGUCCUUCGAACACUGUGUACGAUCCAUGCUUCAGUGGCUGUCCAGCAACAUGUUCCUCUGCUUCCAGCUCAUUGUCCUGCAAUGCCACCUGCCAGGAGACAUGCCGGUGUGAGGAUGGACUGGUGCUCGAUGGCGGGAAGUGCGUUGAUCCAUCGCAGUGUGGUUGCACUCUGGACAACGGUGUUUAUAUUCCGUCUGGGGGAGCAUGGACCGACUCGGACUGCACACAACACUGCACCUGUGAAGCUGGGCGUUCCCAGUGUGAUGCUUUUGAGUGCGGAGAGAACGAGGAAUGUGAUAUCAAGAACGGAGUUCCAAGCUGUUACUGCAAAGACGGCUACACCUCCCUUGGAGAUGCCUGCUUUAGAGCUCCUGGGUAUUGUCAGAUCUGGGGUGAUCCUCAUUAUGUUACCUUCGAUAAGAAGAAGUACAACUUCCAGGGUGCCUGCGACUACACUUUGGUCAGAGAUUGCGGAAACUCCAGUGACUACCACCUGUGGUCCAACAAUGAACGACGGCGCCCAUCCGACCGUGUUUCUUUCCUGAGGGAAGUGAUACUUGAUCUGAGGGGUUCCCGAUACUCUUUGAUGAAGGGCUUCCACGUCAGAGUAAAUGGCGUAGAUGUGUCUGACUACCUUCCCUACAUUGAUGACCAGGCCUUGAUCUACCGGGAUGUGACAUCAGUGAAUCUGGUAACGGAUUUCUUGUGGGUGAGCUACGACGGACAAGACAGCGCCGAUGUGUACCUGAGCUACUAUGCAGGAAGAACCUGUGGCCUUUGUGGAUCUUUUGAUGGGGAGAAGAAGAAUGAUUUGCUGCUUCCUUCCGGGGAUUUGGCAAGAUCUGCCACUGAGUUUGGAAACAGUUGGGUGGUUAAUCCUGACCAGUGCGAAGAUGUGGAUCCAGGUCCAACCGAUCCUUGCGAGGAGGGAGAGAACGGACUGACAGCAUCUAGUGAUCUCUGCUAUUACUUGAAGGAUCCUACAGGACCAUUUGAAUCUUGUAUUGAGAUUUUGAGCCCUGACGACUACUACGACUCCUGCGUCUAUGACGUUUGCUUAACCGGUGAUGAUGCUCUGUGUGCCAGUCUCGCCCAGUAUGCCCGUGCCUGCAAGAUGGAGGGAGGGAAUCCUGGCAGAUGGAGACUGGGUGUGGAUGAAUGCCAGCUGAACUGUCCUUCGAACACUGUGUACGAUCCAUGCUUCAGUGGCUGUCCAGCAACAUGUUCCUCUGCUUCCAGCUCAUUGUCCUGCAAUGCCACCUGCCAGGAGACAUGCCGGUGUGAGGAUGGACUGGUGCUCGAUGGCGGGAAGUGCGUUGAUCCAUCGCAGUGUGGUUGCACUCUGGACAACGGUGUUUAUAUUCCGUCUGGGGGAGCAUGGACCGACUCGGACUGCACACAACACUGCACCUGUGAAGCUGGGCGUUCCCAGUGUGAUGCUUUUGAGUGCGGAGAGAACGAGGAAUGUGAUAUCAAGAACGGAGUUCCAAGCUGUUACUGCAAAGACGGCUACACCUCCCUUGGAGAUGCCUGCUUUAGAGCUCCUGGGUAUUGUCAGAUCUGGGGUGAUCCUCAUUAUGUUACCUUCGAUAAGAAGAAGUACAACUUCCAGGGUGCCUGCGACUACACUUUGGUCAGAGAUUGCGGAAACUCCAGUGACUACCACCUGUGGUCCAACAAUGAACGACGGCGCCCAUCCGACCGUGUUUCUUUCCUGAGGGAAGUGAUACUUGAUCUGAGGGGUUCCCGAUACUCUUUGAUGAAGGGCUUCCACGUCAGAGUAAAUGGCGUAGAUGUGUCUGACUACCUUCCCUACAUUGAUGACCAGGCCUUGAUCUACCGGGAUGUGACAUCAGUGAAUCUGGUAACGGAUUUCUUGUGGGUGAGCUACGACGGACAAGACAGCGCCGAUGUGUACCUGAGCUACUAUGCAGGAAGAACCUGUGGCCUUUGUGGAUCUUUUGAUGGGGAGAAGAAGAAUGAUUUGCUGCUUCCUUCCGGGGAUUUGGCAAGAUCUGCCACUGAGUUUGGAAACAGUUGGGUGGUUAAUCCUGACCAGUGCGAAGAUGUGGAUCCAGGUCCAACCGAUCCUUGCGAGGAGGGAGAGAACGGACUGACAGCAUCUAGUGAUCUCUGCUAUUACUUGAAGGAUCCUACAGGACCAUUUGAAUCUUGUAUUGAGAUUUUGAGCCCUGACGACUACUACGACUCCUGCGUCUAUGACGUUUGCUUAACCGGUGAUGAUGCUCUGUGUGCCAGUCUCGCCCAGUAUGCCCGUGCCUGCAAGAUGGAGGGAGGGAAUCCUGGCAGAUGGAGACUGGGUGUGGAUGAAUGCCAGCUGAACUGUCCUUCGAACACUGUGUACGAUCCAUGCUUCAGUGGCUGUCCAGCAACAUGUUCCUCUGCUUCCAGCUCAUUGUCCUGCAAUGCCACCUGCCAGGAGACAUGCCGGUGUGAGGAUGGACUGGUGCUCGAUGGCGGGAAGUGCGUUGAUCCAUCGCAGUGUGGUUGCACUCUGGACAACGGUGUUUAUAUUCCGUCUGGGGGAGCAUGGACCGACUCGGACUGCACACAACACUGCACCUGUGAAGCUGGGCGUUCCCAGUGUGAUGCUUUUGAGUGCGGAGAGAACGAGGAAUGUGAUAUCAAGAACGGAGUUCCAAGCUGUUACUGCAAAGACGGCUACACCUCCCUUGGAGAUGCCUGCUUUAGAGCUCCUGGGUAUUGUCAGAUCUGGGGUGAUCCUCAUUAUGUUACCUUCGAUAAGAAGAAGUACAACUUCCAGGGUGCCUGCGACUACACUUUGGUCAGAGAUUGCGGAAACUCCAGUGACUACCACCUGUGGUCCAACAAUGAACGACGGCGCCCAUCCGACCGUGUUUCUUUCCUGAGGGAAGUGAUACUUGAUCUGAGGGGUUCCCGAUACUCUUUGAUGAAGGGCUUCCACGUCAGAGUAAAUGGCGUAGAUGUGUCUGACUACCUUCCCUACAUUGAUGACCAGGCCUUGAUCUACCGGGAUGUGACAUCAGUGAAUCUGGUAACGGAUUUCUUGUGGGUGAGCUACGACGGACAAGACAGCGCCGAUGUGUACCUGAGCUACUAUGCAGGAAGAACCUGUGGCCUUUGUGGAUCUUUUGAUGGGGAGAAGAAGAAUGAUUUGCUGCUUCCUUCCGGGGAUUUGGCAAGAUCUGCCACUGAGUUUGGAAACAGUUGGGUGGUUAAUCCUGACCAGUGCGAAGAUGUGGAUCCAGGUCCAACCGAUCCUUGCGAGGAGGGAGAGAACGGACUGACAGCAUCUAGUGAUCUCUGCUAUUACUUGAAGGAUCCUACAGGACCAUUUGAAUCUUGUAUUGAGAUUUUGAGCCCUGACGACUACUACGACUCCUGCGUCUAUGACGUUUGCUUAACCGGUGAUGAUGCUCUGUGUGCCAGUCUCGCCCAGUAUGCCCGUGCCUGCAAGAUGGAGGGAGGGAAUCCUGGCAGAUGGAGACUGGGUGUGGAUGAAUGCCAGCUGAACUGUCCUUCGAACACUGUGUACGAUCCAUGCUUCAGUGGCUGUCCAGCAACAUGUUCCUCUGCUUCCAGCUCAUUGUCCUGCAAUGCCACCUGCCAGGAGACAUGCCGGUGUGAGGAUGGACUGGUGCUCGAUGGCGGGAAGUGCGUUGAUCCAUCGCAGUGUGGUUGCACUCUGGACAACGGUGUUUAUAUUCCGUCUGGGGGAGCAUGGACCGACUCGGACUGCACACAACACUGCACCUGUGAAGCUGGGCGUUCCCAGUGUGAUGCUUUUGAGUGCGGAGAGAACGAGGAAUGUGAUAUCAAGAACGGAGUUCCAAGCUGUUACUGCAAAGACGGCUACACCUCCCUUGGAGAUGCCUGCUUUAGAGCUCCUGGGUAUUGUCAGAUCUGGGGUGAUCCUCAUUAUGUUACCUUCGAUAAGAAGAAGUACAACUUCCAGGGUGCCUGCGACUACACUUUGGUCAGAGAUUGCGGAAACUCCAGUGACUACCACCUGUGGUCCAACAAUGAACGACGGCGCCCAUCCGACCGUGUUUCUUUCCUGAGGGAAGUGAUACUUGAUCUGAGGGGUUCCCGAUACUCUUUGAUGAAGGGCUUCCACGUCAGAGUAAAUGGCGUAGAUGUGUCUGACUACCUUCCCUACAUUGAUGACCAGGCCUUGAUCUACCGGGAUGUGACAUCAGUGAAUCUGGUAACGGAUUUCUUGUGGGUGAGCUACGACGGACAAGACAGCGCCGAUGUGUACCUGAGCUACUAUGCAGGAAGAACCUGUGGCCUUUGUGGAUCUUUUGAUGGGGAGAAGAAGAAUGAUUUGCUGCUUCCUUCCGGGGAUUUGGCAAGAUCUGCCACUGAGUUUGGAAACAGUUGGGUGGUUAAUCCUGACCAGUGCGAAGAUGUGGAUCCAGGUCCAACCGAUCCUUGCGAGGAGGGAGAGAACGGACUGACAGCAUCUAGUGAUCUCUGCUAUUACUUGAAGGAUCCUACAGGACCAUUUGAAUCUUGUAUUGAGAUUUUGAGCCCUGACGACUACUACGACUCCUGCGUCUAUGACGUUUGCUUAACCGGUGAUGAUGCUCUGUGUGCCAGUCUCGCCCAGUAUGCCCGUGCCUGCAAGAUGGAGGGAGGGAAUCCUGGCAGAUGGAGACUGGGUGUGGAUGAAUGCCAGCUGAACUGUCCUUCGAACACUGUGUACGAUCCAUGCUUCAGUGGCUGUCCAGCAACAUGUUCCUCUGCUUCCAGCUCAUUGUCCUGCAAUGCCACCUGCCAGGAGACAUGCCGGUGUGAGGAUGGACUGGUGCUCGAUGGCGGGAAGUGCGUUGAUCCAUCGCAGUGUGGUUGCACUCUGGACAACGGUGUUUAUAUUCCGUCUGGGGGAGCAUGGACCGACUCGGACUGCACACAACACUGCACCUGUGAAGCUGGGCGUUCCCAGUGUGAUGCUUUUGAGUGCGGAGAGAACGAGGAAUGUGAUAUCAAGAACGGAGUUCCAAGCUGUUACUGCAAAGACGGCUACACCUCCCUUGGAGAUGCCUGCUUUAGAGCUCCUGGGUAUUGUCAGAUCUGGGGUGAUCCUCAUUAUGUUACCUUCGAUAAGAAGAAGUACAACUUCCAGGGUGCCUGCGACUACACUUUGGUCAGAGAUUGCGGAAACUCCAGUGACUACCACCUGUGGUCCAACAAUGAACGACGGCGCCCAUCCGACCGUGUUUCUUUCCUGAGGGAAGUGAUACUUGAUCUGAGGGGUUCCCGAUACUCUUUGAUGAAGGGCUUCCACGUCAGAGUAAAUGGCGUAGAUGUGUCUGACUACCUUCCCUACAUUGAUGACCAGGCCUUGAUCUACCGGGAUGUGACAUCAGUGAAUCUGGUAACGGAUUUCUUGUGGGUGAGCUACGACGGACAAGACAGCGCCGAUGUGUACCUGAGCUACUAUGUAGGAAGAACCUGUGGCCUUUGUGGAUCUUUUGAUGGGGAGAAGAAGAAUGAUUUGCUGCUUCCUUCCGGGGAUUUGGCAAGAUCUGCCACUGAGUUUGGAAACAGUUGGGUGGUUAAUCCUGACCAGUGCGAAGAUGUGGAUCCAGGUCCAACCGAUCCUUGCGAGGAGGGAGAGAACGGACUGACAGCAUCUAGUGAUCUCUGCUAUUACUUGAAGGAUCCUACAGGACCAUUUGAAUCUUGUAUUGAGAUUUUGAGCCCUGACGACUACUACGACUCCUGCGUCUAUGACGUUUGCUUAACCGGUGAUGAUGCUCUGUGUGCCAGUCUCGCCCAGUAUGCCCGUGCCUGCAAGAUGGAGGGAGGGAAUCCUGGCAGAUGGAGACUGGGUGUGGAUGAAUGCCAGCUGAACUGUCCUUCGAACACUGUGUACGAUCCAUGCUUCAGUGGCUGUCCAGCAACAUGUUCCUCUGCUUCCAGCUCAUUGUCCUGCAAUGCCACCUGCCAGGAGACAUGCCGGUGUGAGGAUGGACUGGUGCUCGAUGGCGGGAAGUGCGUUGAUCCAUCGCAGUGUGGUUGCACUCUGGACAACGGUGUUUAUAUUCCGCCUGGAGCUUCAUGGACAAGUCCCGACUGUAGCCAGCAUUGCAGCUGUCAAGAGGGGCGUGCCCAGUGUGAGGAUUUCCAGUGUGGAGAGAACGAAGAAUGUGAUAUCAAGAAUGGUGUACCAAGCUGUUAUUGCAAAGAUGGCUACAUUUCUCUUGGAGAUCUCUGCUUCAGAGCUCCUGGUUACUGUCAAAUCUGGGGUGACCCUCAUUAUGUGACCUUUGACAAGAAGAAAUACAACUUCCAAGGUGAUUGUGACUACACACUGGUCAAAGAGUGUGAUAAUUCAACCGAUUUCCACCUAUGGUCCCGCAAUGGUCUCUUGCGUCCAUCUGCCAAGGUAUCCUACUUGAAGGAGGUGAUCCUGGAGUUGAAAGGAAGCACCUAUUCUCUUAUCGAAGAUUUCCAUGUGCGAGUGAAUGGCAUCGAGGUAUCCAAGAAUCUGCCUUUUAUUGAUGAACAAGUCUUGAUAUACAGGGAUGUGACAUCAGUGAACCUGGUGACAGACUUCUUGUGGGUGAGCUAUAAUGGAAAGUACAGUGCUGAUGUGUACCUGAGUUACUCUUACUUCGGGCGUACAUGUGGGCUGUGUGGAAAUUUUGAUGGAGACAAAUCAAAUGACCUGUUUCUUUCCACUGGAGAAAAGGCAAGAUCGAGUACCGAGUUCGGAGAUAGUUGGGAAGUAAACCCAGACCAGUGUGCUGGUAAUGACCCUGGUCCUACUGAUCCAUGUGAAGAAGGGUUAGAGAAUACCCGUGAGGAGGCUGCAGAUCUUUGCCAUUAUCUUCAGGACCCAUAUGUUCCAGGUCCUUUCCAAUCUUGCCACGACUACGUAUCUCCGGAGGAUUACUACCAGUCUUGUCUGUAUGAUGUAUGUGAGACGGGAGAUGAUGCCUUGUGUGCCAAUCUUGAAGAAUAUGCACAGGCUUGUAAGAAUAGUGGAGGCCAGCCAGGAAAUUGGAGACUGUCGGUGCCAGAAUGCCCAUUGGACUGUCCUACCAACACUGUGUAUGAUCCCUGCUUCAGUGGAUGUCCAGCAACCUGUUCCUCUGCUGGAAGCACAUUGUCCUGCAAUACCACUUGCCAGGAGACAUGCCGAUGUGAAGAUGGUCUUGUUCUUGAGGAAGGAAACUGUGUGGACCCAUCCCAGUGCGGCUGCACUCUAGCAAAUGGCGUCUAUCUGCAGCCUGGAGCUUCAUGGACAAGUCCCGACUGUAGCCAGCAUUGCAGCUGUCAAGAGGGGCGUGCCCAGUGUGAGGAUUUCCAGUGUGGAGAGAACGAAGAAUGUGAUAUCAAGAAUGGUGUACCAAGCUGUUAUUGCAAAGAUGGCUACAUUUCUCUUGGAGAUCUCUGCUUCAGAGCUCCUGGUUACUGUCAAAUCUGGGGUGACCCUCAUUAUGUGACCUUUGACAAGAAGAAAUACAACUUCCAAGGUGAUUGUGACUACACACUGGUCAAAGAGUGUGAUAAUUCAACCGAUUUCCACCUAUGGUCCCGCAAUGGUCUCUUGCGUCCAUCUGCCAAGGUAUCCUACUUGAAGGAGGUGAUCCUGGAGUUGAAAGGAAGCACCUAUUCUCUUAUCGAAGAUUUCCAUGUGCGAGUGAAUGGCAUCGAGGUAUCCAAGAAUCUGCCUUUUAUUGAUGAACAAGUCUUGAUAUACAGGGAUGUGACAUCAGUGAACCUGGUGACAGACUUCUUGUGGGUGAGCUAUAAUGGAAAGUACAGUGCUGAUGUGUACCUGAGUUACUCUUACUUCGGGCGUACAUGUGGGCUGUGUGGAAAUUUUGAUGGAGACAAAUCAAAUGACCUGUUUCUUUCCACUGGAGAAAAGGCAAGAUCGAGUACCGAGUUCGGAGAUAGUUGGGAAGUAAACCCAGACCAGUGUGCUGGUAAUGACCCUGGUCCUACUGAUCCAUGUGAAGAAGGGUUAGAGAAUACCCGUGAGGAGGCUGCAGAUCUUUGCCAUUAUCUUCAGGACCCAUCUGGUCCUUUCCAAUCUUGCCACGACUACGUAUCUCCGGAGGAUUACUACCAGUCUUGUCUGUAUGAUGUAUGUGAGACGGGAGAUGAUGCCUUGUGUGCCAAUCUUGAAGAAUAUGCACAGGCUUGUAAGAAUAGUGGAGGCCAGCCAGGAAAUUGGAGACUGUCGGUGCCAGAAUGCCCAUUGGACUGUCCUACCAACACUGUGUAUGAUCCCUGCUUCAGUGGAUGUCCAGCAACCUGUUCCUCUGCUGGAAGCACAUUGUCCUGCAAUACCACUUGCCAGGAGACAUGCCGAUGUGAAGAUGGUCUUGUUCUUGAGGAAGGAAACUGUGUGGACCCAUCCCAGUGCGGCUGCACUCUAGCAAAUGGCGUCUAUCUGCAGCCUGGAGCUUCAUGGACAAGUCCCGACUGUAGCCAGCAUUGCAGCUGUCAAGAGGGGCGUGCCCAGUGUGAGGAUUUCCAGUGUGGAGAGAACGAAGAAUGUGAUAUCAAGAAUGGUGUACCAAGCUGUUAUUGCAAAGAUGGCUACAUUUCUCUUGGAGAUCUCUGCUUCAGAGCUCCUGGUUACUGUCAAAUCUGGGGUGACCCUCAUUAUGUGACCUUUGACAAGAAGAAAUACAACUUCCAAGGUGAUUGUGACUACACACUGGUCAAAGAGUGUGAUAAUUCAACCGAUUUCCACCUAUGGUCCCGCAAUGGUCUCUUGCGUCCAUCUGCCAAGGUAUCCUACUUGAAGGAGGUGAUCCUGGAGUUGAAAGGAAGCACCUAUUCUCUUAUCGAAGAUUUCCAUGUGCGAGUGAAUGGCAUCGAGGUAUCCAAGAAUCUGCCUUUUAUUGAUGAACAAGUCUUGAUAUACAGGGAUGUGACAUCAGUGAACCUGGUGACAGACUUCUUGUGGGUGAGCUAUAAUGGAAAGUACAGUGCUGAUGUGUACCUGAGUUACUCUUACUUCGGGCGUACAUGUGGGCUGUGUGGAAAUUUUGAUGGAGACAAAUCAAAUGACCUGUUUCUUUCCACUGGAGAAAAGGCAAGAUCGAGUACCGAGUUCGGAGAUAGUUGGGAAGUAAACCCAGACCAGUGUGCUGGUAAUGACCCUGGUCCUACUGAUCCAUGUGAAGAAGGGUUAGAGAAUACCCGUGAGGAGGCUGCAGAUCUUUGCCAUUAUCUUCAGGACCCAUCUGGUCCUUUCCAAUCUUGCCACGACUACGUAUCUCCGGAGGAUUACUACCAGUCUUGUCUGUAUGAUGUAUGUGAGACGGGAGAUGAUGCCUUGUGUGCCAAUCUUGAAGAAUAUGCACAGGCUUGUAAGAAUAGUGGAGGCCAGCCAGGAAAUUGGAGACUGUCGGUGCCAGAAUGCCCAUUGGACUGUCCUACCAACACUGUGUAUGAUCCCUGCUUCAGUGGAUGUCCAGCAACCUGUUCCUCUGCUGGAAGCACAUUGUCCUGCAAUACCACUUGCCAGGAGACAUGCCGAUGUGAAGAUGGUCUUGUUCUUGAGGAAGGAAACUGUGUGGACCCAUCCCAGUGCGGCUGCACUCUAGCAAAUGGCGUCUAUCUGCAGCCUGGAGCUUCAUGGACAAGUCCCGACUGUAGCCAGCAUUGCAGCUGUCAAGAGGGGCGUGCCCAGUGUGAGGAUUUCCAGUGUGGAGAGAACGAAGAAUGUGAUAUCAAGAAUGGUGUACCAAGCUGUUAUUGCAAAGAUGGCUACAUUUCUCUUGGAGAUCUCUGCUUCAGAGCUCCUGGUUACUGUCAAAUCUGGGGUGACCCUCAUUAUGUGACCUUUGACAAGAAGAAAUACAACUUCCAAGGUGAUUGUGACUACACACUGGUCAAAGAGUGUGAUAAUUCAACCGAUUUCCACCUAUGGUCCCGCAAUGGUCUCUUGCGUCCAUCUGCCAAGGUAUCCUACUUGAAGGAGGUGAUCCUGGAGUUGAAAGGAAGCACCUAUUCUCUUAUCGAAGAUUUCCAUGUGCGAGUGAAUGGCAUCGAGGUAUCCAAGAAUCUGCCUUUUAUUGAUGAACAAGUCUUGAUAUACAGGGAUGUGACAUCAGUGAACCUGGUGACAGACUUCUUGUGGGUGAGCUAUAAUGGAAAGUACAGUGCUGAUGUGUACCUGAGUUACUCUUACUUCGGGCGUACAUGUGGGCUGUGUGGAAAUUUUGAUGGAGACAAAUCAAAUGACCUGUUUCUUUCCACUGGAGAAAAGGCAAGAUCGAGUACCGAGUUCGGAGAUAGUUGGGAAGUAAACCCAGACCAGUGUGCUGGUAAUGACCCUGGUCCUACUGAUCCAUGUGAAGAAGGGUUAGAGAAUACCCGUGAGGAGGCUGCAGAUCUUUGCCAUUAUCUUCAGGACCCAUCUGGUCCUUUCCAAUCUUGCCACGACUACGUAUCUCCGGAGGAUUACUACCAGUCUUGUCUGUAUGAUGUAUGUGAGACGGGAGAUGAUGCCUUGUGUGCCAAUCUUGAAGAAUAUGCACAGGCUUGUAAGAAUAGUGGAGGCCAGCCAGGAAAUUGGAGACUGUCGGUGCCAGAAUGCCCAUUGGACUGUCCUACCAACACUGUGUAUGAUCCCUGCUUCAGUGGAUGUCCAGCAACCUGUUCCUCUGCUGGAAGCACAUUGUCCUGCAAUACCACUUGCCAGGAGACAUGCCGAUGUGAAGAUGGUCUUGUUCUUGAGGAAGGAAACUGUGUGGACCCAUCCCAGUGCGGCUGCACUCUAGCAAAUGGCGUCUAUCUGCAGCCUGGAGCUUCAUGGACAAGUCCCGACUGUAGCCAGCAUUGCAGCUGUCAAGAGGGGCGUGCCCAGUGUGAGGAUUUCCAGUGUGGAGAGAACGAAGAAUGUGAUAUCAAGAAUGGUGUACCAAGCUGUUAUUGCAAAGAUGGCUACAUUUCUCUUGGAGAUCUCUGCUUCAGAGCUCCUGGUUACUGUCAAAUCUGGGGUGACCCUCAUUAUGUGACCUUUGACAAGAAGAAAUACAACUUCCAAGGUGAUUGUGACUACACACUGGUCAAAGAGUGUGAUAAUUCAACCGAUUUCCACCUAUGGUCCCGCAAUGGUCUCUUGCGUCCAUCUGCCAAGGUAUCCUACUUGAAGGAGGUGAUCCUGGAGUUGAAAGGAAGCACCUAUUCUCUUAUCGAAGAUUUCCAUGUGCGAGUGAAUGGCAUCGAGGUAUCCAAGAAUCUGCCUUUUAUUGAUGAACAAGUCUUGAUAUACAGGGAUGUGACAUCAGUGAACCUGGUGACAGACUUCUUGUGGGUGAGCUAUAAUGGAAAGUACAGUGCUGAUGUGUAUCUGAGUUACUCUUACUUUGGGCGUACAUGUGGGCUGUGUGGAAAUUUUGAUGGAGACAAAUCAAAUGACCUGUUUCUUUCCAUUGGAGAAAAGGCAAGAUCGAGUACCGAGUUCGGAGAUAGUUGGGAAGUAAACCCAGACCAGUGUGCUGGUAAUGACCCUGGUCCUACUGAUCCAUGUGAAGAAGCGUUAGAGAAUACCCGUGAGGAGGCUGCAGAUCUUUGCCAUUAUCUUCAGGACCCAUCUGGUCCUUUCCAAUCUUGCCACGACUACGUAUCUCUGGAGGAUUACUACCAGUCUUGUCUGUAUGAUGUAUGUGAGACGGGAGAUGAUGCCUUGUGUGCCAAUCUUGAAGAAUAUGCACAGGCUUGUAAGAAUAGUGGAGGCCAGCCAGGAAAUUGGAGACUGUCGGUGCCAGAAUGCCCAUUGGACUGUCCUACCAACACUGUGUAUGAUCCCUGCUUCAGUGGAUGUCCAGCAACCUGUUCCUCUGCUGGAAGCACAUUGUCCUGCAAUACCACUUGCCAGGAGACAUGCCGAUGUGAAGAUGGUCUUGUUCUUGAGGAAGGAAACUGUGUGGACCCAUCCCAGUGCGGCUGCACUCUAGCAAAUGGCGUCUAUCUGCAGCCUGGAGCUUCAUGGACAAGUCCCGACUGUAGCCAGCAUUGCAGCUGUCAAGAGGGGCGUGCCCAGUGUGAGGAUUUCCAGUGUGGAGAGAACGAAGAAUGUGAUAUCAAGAAUGGUGUACCAAGCUGUUAUUGCAAAGAUGGCUACAUUUCUCUUGGAGAUCUCUGCUUCAGAGCUCCUGGUUACUGUCAAAUCUGGGGUGACCCUCAUUAUGUGACCUUUGACAAGAAGAAAUACAACUUCCAAGGUGAUUGUGACUACACACUGGUCAAAGAGUGUGAUAAUUCAACCGAUUUCCACCUAUGGUCCCGCAAUGGUCUCUUGCGUCCAUCUGCCAAGGUAUCCUACUUGAAGGAGGUGAUCCUGGAGUUGAAAGGAAGCACCUAUUCUCUUAUCGAAGAUUUCCAUGUGCGAGUGAAUGGCAUCGAGGUAUCCAAGAAUCUGCCUUUUAUUGAUGAACAAGUCUUGAUAUACAGGGAUGUGACAUCAGUGAACCUGGUGACAGACUUCUUGUGGGUGAGCUAUAAUGGAAAGUACAGUGCUGAUGUGUAUCUGAGUUACUCUUACUUUGGGCGUACAUGUGGGCUGUGUGGAAAUUUUGAUGGAGACAAAUCAAAUGACCUGUUUCUUUCCAUUGGAGAAAAGGCAAGAUCGAGUACCGAGUUCGGAGAUAGUUGGGAAGUAAACCCAGACCAGUGUGCUGGUAAUGACCCUGGUCCUACUGAUCCAUGUGAAGAAGCGUUAGAGAAUACCCGUGAGGAGGCUGCAGAUCUUUGCCAUUAUCUUCAGGACCCAUCUGGUCCUUUCCAAUCUUGCCACGACUACGUAUCUCCGGAGGAUUACUACCAGUCUUGUCUGUAUGAUGUAUGUGAGACGGGAGAUGAUGCCUUGUGUGCCAAUCUUGAAGAAUAUGCACAGGCUUGUAAGAAUAGUGGAGGCCAGCCAGGAAAUUGGAGACUGUCGGUGCCAGAAUGCCCAUUGGACUGUCCUACCAACACUGUGUAUGAUCCCUGCUUCAGUGGAUGUCCAGCAACCUGUUCCUCUGCUGGAAGCACAUUGUCCUGCAAUACCACUUGCCAGGAGACAUGCCGAUGUGAAGAUGGUCUUGUUCUUGAGGAAGGAAACUGUGUGGACCCAUCCCAGUGCGGCUGCACUCUAGCAAAUGGCGUCUAUCUGCAGCCUGGAGCUUCAUGGACAAGUCCCGACUGUAGCCAGCAUUGCAGCUGUCAAGAGGGGCGUGCCCAGUGUGAGGAUUUCCAGUGUGGAGAGAACGAAGAAUGUGAUAUCAAGAAUGGUGUACCAAGCUGUUAUUGCAAAGAUGGCUACAUUUCUCUUGGAGAUCUCUGCUUCAGAGCUCCUGGUUACUGUCAAAUCUGGGGUGACCCUCAUUAUGUGACCUUUGACAAGAAGAAAUACAACUUCCAAGGUGAUUGUGACUACACACUGGUCAAAGAGUGUGAUAAUUCAACCGAUUUCCACCUAUGGUCCCGCAAUGGUCUCUUGCGUCCAUCUGCCAAGGUAUCCUACUUGAAGGAGGUGAUCCUGGAGUUGAAAGGAAGCACCUAUUCUCUUAUCGAAGAUUUCCAUGUGCGAGUGAAUGGCAUCGAGGUAUCCAAGAAUCUGCCUUUUAUUGAUGAACAAGUCUUGAUAUACAGGGAUGUGACAUCAGUGAACCUGGUGACAGACUUCUUGUGGGUGAGCUAUAAUGGAAAGUACAGUGCUGAUGUGUACCUGAGUUACUCUUACUUCGGGCGUACAUGUGGGCUGUGUGGAAAUUUUGAUGGAGACAAAUCAAAUGACCUGUUUCUUUCCACUGGAGAAAAGGCAAGAUCGAGUACCGAGUUCGGAGAUAGUUGGGAAGUAAACCCAGACCAGUGUGCUGGUAAUGACCCUGGUCCUACUGAUCCAUGUGAAGAAGGGUUAGAGAAUACCCGUGAGGAGGCUGCAGAUCUUUGCCAUUAUCUUCAGGACCCAUCUGGUCCUUUCCAAUCUUGCCACGACUACGUAUCUCCGGAGGAUUACUACCAGUCUUGUCUGUAUGAUGUAUGUAGACGGGAGAUGAUGCCUUGUGUGCCAAUCUUGAAGAAUAUGCACAGGCUUGUAAGAAUAGUGGAGGCCAGCCAGGAAAUUGGAGAAUGUCGGUGCCAGAAUGCCCAUUGGACUGUCCUACCAACACUGUGUAUGAUCCCUGCUUCAGUGGAUGUCCAGCAACCUGUUCCUCUGCUGGAAGCACAUUGUCCUAAUACCACUUGCCAGGAGACAUGCCGAUGUGAAGAUGGUCUUGUUCUUGAGGAAGGAAACUGUGUGGACCCAUCCCAGUGCGGCUGCACUCUAGCAAAUGGCGUCUAUCUGCAGCCUGGAGCUUCAUGGACAAGUCCCGACUGUAGCCAGCAUUGCAGCUGUCAAGAGGGGCGUGCCCAGUGUGAGGAUUUCCAGUGUGGAGAGAACGAAGAAUGUGAUAUCAAGAAUGGUGUACCAAGCUGUUAUUGCAAAGAUGGCUACAUUUCUCUUGGAGAUCUCUGCUUCAGAGCUCCUGGUUACUGUCAAAUCUGGGGUGACCCUCAUUAUGUGACCUUUGACAAGAAGAAAUACAACUUCCAAGGUGAUUGUGACUACACACUGGUCAAAGAGUGUGAUAAUUCAACCGAUUUCCACCUAUGGUCCCGCAAUGGUCUCUUGCGUCCAUCUGCCAAGGUAUCCUACUUGAAGGAGGUGAUCCUGGAGUUGAAAGGAAGCACCUAUUCUCUUAUCGAAGAUUUCCAUGUGCGAGUGAAUGGCAUCGAGGUAUCCAAGAAUCUGCCUUUUAUUGAUGAACAAGUCUUGAUAUACAGGGAUGUGACAUCAGUGAACCUGGUGACAGACUUCUUGUGGGUGAGCUAUAAUGGAAAGUACAGUGCUGAUGUGUACCUGAGUUACUCUUACUUCGGGCGUACAUGUGGGCUGUGUGGAAAUUUUGAUGGAGACAAAUCAAAUGACCUGUUUCUUUCCACUGGAGAAAAGGCAAGAUCGAGUACCGAGUUCGGAGAUAGUUGGGAAGUAAACCCAGACCAGUGUGCUGGUAAUGACCCUGGUCCUACUGAUCCAUGUGAAGAAGGGUUAGAGAAUACCCGUGAGGAGGCUGCAGAUCUUUGCCAUUAUCUUCAGGACCCAUCUGGUCCUUUCCAAUCUUGCCACGACUACGUAUCUCCGGAGGAUUACUACCAGUCUUGUCUGUAUGAUGUAUGUGAGACGGGAGAUGAUGCCUUGUGUGCCAAUCUUGAAGAAUAUGCACAGGCUUGUAAGAAUAGUGGAGGCCAGCCAGGAAAUUGGAGACUGUCGGUGCCAGAAUGCCCAUUGGACUGUCCUACCAACACUGUGUAUGAUCCCUGCUUCAGUGGAUGUCCAGCAACCUGUUCCUCUGCUGGAAGCACAUUGUCCUGCAAUACCACUUGCCAGGAGACAUGCCGAUGUGAAGAUGGUCUUGUUCUUGAGGAAGGAAACUGCGUGGACCCAUCUCAGUGUGGUUGCACCCUACCAAGUGGUAUCUAUAUUCCUGCUGAGGGAAUAUGGACCAGGCCUGACUGUUCUCAACGAUGCAGAUGCUCCAGCGGGAUAGCAGAAUGUGAGCCUUACGUCUGUGGAAUGAAUGAAGAAUGUCAAGUAAAGAAUGGUAUUCCAGAAUGCUACUGUAAAGAUGGAUAUAUUCUCGUUGAGGGAUAUUGUAUUAAGGCUCCCGGGUACUGUCAAGUUUGGGGUGACCCUCACUAUGUGACCUUCGACAAGCGGAAGUACAACUUCCAAGGAGAUUGUGACUACACAUUGGUGAGAGAUUGUCAGGAUUCCAGUGGCUUCCAUCUCUGGGCUGAUAAUGAGAAACGUAAUCCUUCGGAUGAGGUAUCGUACAUCAGGGAACUGGUCUUGGAGGAUUCUGGGAAUGUCUACUCCUUGAUCUGGGACUUUGUUGUGAGGAUCAACGGUAUUGACUACACCAAUAAUCUACCUUACUUUGGAGAUGGGAUCAUCAUAUUCAGGGACUCCCACUCAUUGAAAUUAUUGACCCGCUACAUGUGGAUAUUUUACGAUGGAAAGCGCAGUGCAGAUAUUUUCUUGAGCCACUCUUACUGGAACCAGACCUGUGGACUUUGUGGAACUUUUGAUGGAGAUAAAUCUAAUGAUUGGAGUCUACCAAGUGGGGAAUUGGCCGAUUCAGUGGUGGAUUUUGGUAACAGCUAUGUUGUGAGGGUAGAUGAGUGUAGCGAUGUCAGACCAGAGCCGGUUGAUCCUUGUGAAGCGGAUUCAGAAGCCUCGAGGAAUGCAGCUGACCUCUGCUCCAUACUUUUGAACGAAGCCGGACCGUUUGCCCCAUGUCAUGAGUACCAAAAUCCUGAUCCAUUCUAUGAUUCCUGCAAGUAUGACAUCUGUGCACUGGGCGAUGAAUACCUAUGUGACAGUCUAAGUCAGUACGCUCAGGCUUGUCGACAGGCCGGUGGACAACCUGACGAUUGGAGAUCGGAAACACCUCAAUGUCCCUUUGAAUGUCCUACAAAUACUGUCUAUGACCCAUGUGCUAAUGGAUGUCCAGAGACCUGUUCAACAGCCACGAGUUCUGUACCUUGUAAUGUGACUUGUCAAGAGACCUGUCGGUGUGCUGAUGGCCUAGUGAGGGAUGGGGAUCAGUGUGUUGAUCCUUCACAAUGUGGAUGUACAUUAGAGAAUGAUGUCUAUGUUCCACCUGAAGGAGUGUGGACCAGUCCUGACUGUUCUCAACAAUGCAGAUGUUCCAGAGGAAUAGCAGAAUGUCAGCCUUACGUCUGUGGAAGGAAUGAAGAAUGUCAAGUCAAGAAUGGUAUCCCAGAAUGCUACUGUCAAGAUGGAUACUACUUGGUUCAUGGCUUUUGUGUUCAAGCUCCUGGUCUGUGUCAAGUUUGGGGUGACCCUCACUAUGUAACCUUUGAUCAGAGAAAGUACAACUUCCAAGGAGAUUGUGACUACACAUUGGUGAGAGAUUGUCAGAACUCCAGCGGCUUCCAUCUCUGGGCUGAUAAUGAGAGACGUAAUCCUUCAGACGACGUAUCUUACAUCAGGGAACUGGUCUUAGAAGAUUCUGGAAAUGUCUACUCCUUGAUCUGGGAUUACAGAGUACGAGUCAAUGGCAUUGAUGUGACAGAUAAUCUUCCCUACUUUGGUGAACAGAUAAUCAUCUUCAGGUUUUUCAAAUCAUUGAAAUUGCUGACACCUUUCAUGUGGGUGUCUUACGACGGAAGACGCAGUGCUGAUAUAUUCUUGAGCUACUCUUACUGGAACCGGACCUGUGGACUUUGUGGAACUUUUGAUGGAGAUAAAUCCAAUGAUUGGCAGCUCCAAAGUGGAGAACUGGCAAGUAACCCUACUGAUUUUGGUAACAGUUGGGUUGUGACUGUUGAUGAGUGCGAUGAUGUCAGACCUGAACCACCAGAUCCUUGUGUGGACAAUUCCAUUACGGCUCAAGAUGCGGAAAGUCUGUGUAACAUUCUUAUUACCGAUGACGGACCCUUCUCUCCCUGCCAUGCUUUCUUGAGUCCUGAUCCAUACUAUGAUUCCUGCAAGUAUGACAUCUGUGCACUGGGCGAUGAAUACCUAUGUGACAGUCUAAGUCAGUACGCUCAGGCUUGUCGACAGGCCGGUGGACAACCUGACGAUUGGAGAUCAGAAACACCUCAAUGUCCCUUUGAAUGUCCUGCAAAUACUGUCUAUGACCCAUGUGCUAAUGGAUGUCCAGAGACCUGUUCAUCAGCCACGAGUUCUGUACCUUGUAAUGUGACUUGUCAAGAGACCUGUCGGUGUGCUGAUGGCCUAGUGAGGGAUGGGGAUCAGUGUGUUGAUCCUUCACAAUGUGGAUGUACGUUGGAGAAUGAUGUUUAUGUUCCACCUGAAGGAGUGUGGACCAGUCCUGACUGUUCUCAACAAUGCAGAUGUUCCAGAGGGAUAGCAGAAUGUCAGCCUUACGUCUGUGGAAGGAAUGAAGAAUGUCAAGUCAAGAAUGGUAUCCCAGAAUGCUACUGUAAAGAUGGAUACUACUUGGAUCAUGGCCUUUGUGUUCAAGCUCCUGGCCUGUGUCAAGUUUGGGGUGACCCUCACUAUUUGACCUUUGACCAGAGAAAGUACAACUUCCAAGGAGAUUGUGAUUACACAUUGGUGAGAGAUUGUCAGAACUCCAGUGGCUUCCAUCUCUGGGCUGAUAAUGAGAGACGUAAUCCUUCAGACGACGUAUCGUACAUCAGGGAACUGGUCUUAGAAGAUUCUGGAAAUGUCUACUCCUUGAUCUGGGAUUACAGAGUACGGGUCAAUGGCAUUGAUGUGACAGAUAAUCUUCCCUACUUUGGUGAACAGAUAAUCAUCUUCAGGUUUUUCAAAUCAUUGAAAUUGCUGACACCUUUCAUGUGGGUGUCUUACGACGGGAGACGCAGUGCUGAUAUAUUCUUGAGCUACUCUUACUGGAACCGGACCUGUGGACUUUGUGGAACUUUUGAUGGAGAUAAAUCCAAUGAUUGGCAGCUCCAAAGUGGAGAACUGGCAAGUAACCCUACUGAUUUUGGUAACAGUUGGGUCGUGACUGUAGAUGAGUGCGAUGAUGUCAGACCUGAACCACCAGAUCCUUGUGUGGAGAAUUCCAUUACGGCUCAAGAUGCGGAAAGUCUAUGUAACAUUUUGAUUACCGAUGAUGGACCUUUCUCUCCCUGCCAUGCUUUCUUGAGUCCUGAUCCAUUCUAUGAUUCCUGCAAGUAUGAUAUCUGUGCACUGGGUGAUGAAUACCUAUGUGACAGUUUGAGUCAGUACGCAGAGGCCUGUAGACAGGCUGGUGGACAACCAGACGAUUGGAGAUCAGAAACACCCCAAUGUCCUUUUGAAUGUCCUGAUAGGACAGUGUACGACCCUUGCUUCAGUGGGUGUCCAGAGACCUGUUCCACUGCAUCGUCGCCGGUGCCAUGCAACGCAACCUGCCAGGAGACGUGCAGGUGUAUGGAUGGGUUAGUUCUCAUCGGGGAAGAAUGUGUGGACCCCUCUCGCUGUGGAUGUACCCUUGACAGCGGCCUGUACCUUCCAGUUGGUGAGAUCUGGACUAACCCUAACUGCUCUGAACAAUGUUCCUGCUCGGGACCGGGGGAUCUUCGGUGUGAUCCCUUUACCUGUGGCCAGAAUGCUGAGUGUGAUGUCAAGAAUGGUGUACCUGACUGCUACUGUCAAGAAGGAUAUAUUCUUUAUGAUGGUAGAUGUAUCGAAGGACCAGGACUUUGUCAAAUCUGGGGUGACCCUCACUAUUUGACCUUUGACGGUCGCAAGUAUUCCUUCCAGGGAGACUGUGAGUACACCAUGGUGCGGGAUUGUCUCAACCAGACAGACUUCCACCUCUGGGCGGACAACCGUCGCAACCGUCCUUCCUCGGAGGUAUCCUCCCUCGGCAAACUGGUCCUGGACUACGAUGGUCAUAGCUAUUCCCUCGGGAGACGUCAGAGGGUGACCGUGGAUGAUGUGAGGGUUAGCAUGCCAUUCAUAUCUCAGGAUCGGGACAUCGAGAUUUGGUCCACAGGAAGACCUGGAAAUGUGAUUCUACAAACAUCCUUUGGUCUCAUGAUCAAGCACAAUGGGCGGAGAUCAGCCGACAUCUACCUCCCGAGGUCAUUCUGGAAUAGAACUUGUGGUCUCUGUGGAACCUUUGAUGGAAACCCUGACAAUGAUUGGACAGAUGCUGAUGGUGUGGUCAGGCAGAAGGGAGAGAAGAAGGAUUUUGCAAACAGCUGGGUUGUGAACAGAGAUGAAUGUAGUGACAUCAUUCCAGAACCCAUCGAUCCUUGUGCUGAGGGUGCGGACACACUGAAACAAGCUGAAGACUUGUGCUACAUUCUUCUACAACCAGAAGGUCCAUUCUCACCUUGCCAUGAUUUUGUUGACCCUACCGACUACCAUACGGCAUGCAAGUAUGACCUGUGUGCCAGGCUCCCUGAUGAUGAGUAUCUCUGCGAUAGUCUGAAUGGCUAUGCAUCUGUAUGUAGACAGGCUGGUGGUGCUCCUGGCGACUGGCGGUCUGAGACUUCUCAAUGUGCCUAUGAAUGUCCUGGAGACUCGGUGUAUGAUCCCUGUGCUUCAGCGUGCCCUUCCACCUGUUCAGAUCUCUCCAGCGCCUUCAACUGUACACUGCCUUGUAUAGAGACCUGUCGCUGCCCAGAUUCCAUGGUCCUAGAUGGCACCGAGUGCGUAGACCUUCGGGAGUGUGGAUGUACUCUGGACAAUAAUAUAUACCUCUCGCCUGGAGAAUCCUGGAGCAGUGAUGAUUGUUCAGAGACGUGUACCUGUGUGUCUGGAGAGGUCAUCUGCAUGGAGAACACCUGUCAUCAGUUCUCUAACUGCGAUAUCAAGGAUGGCAUCAAGAAGUGUUACUGCUUUGACGGCUGGAGUGGGGAUGGCUACAAUUGCACAAGAGAUCCUGGCACUUGCACAGUGUGGGGUGACCCUCACUACGAGACAUUUGAUGGGCGCAAGUUCCAUUUCCAUGGAGAGUGCCACUACACCCUUGUACGAGAUUGCUUCAACGUGACUUCUCACCCCUCUUUCCUCAUCAGCUCUGGUAACAUCAAGAGGAACCCAGAGGAUAGGGUAGCCUAUAUCUAUGAUAUCAGAUUAGAAAUCUAUGGCAAGGAUAUCUUGCUGACUUUAGGCGGUGGAGUGUACCUUGAUGGUGUGUCUGUCAGUGUUCCUCUCAGCAUCAAUUCAGGACAAAUCUUUGUCUUCACUUCAGGAAAAGAUACUAUCAUAACGACGGAUGUUGGAAUAAAGAUCCAAUGGAACAACAGAAACACGGCAACCAUCACCGUGCCUUUGUGUUACCAUGGUGCUCUCUGUGGACUGUGCGGGAACUAUGAUGCCAUCCCUGAUAACGAUUUCAGACUUCUCAACGAUGUAUUGGUAAGAAAGGCCAUAGACUUUGGCAAUGGCUGGGUUCUUCCAGAUGAUGUUAACUGUCUCGACUCUAUCGAUGAGCCAGAGCCGUGUCAAGAGAAUGAAGACUUCCUGUUUGCUCAGGAUGCCUGCUUCAUCGUAUUAGAUCCUCAAGGACCGUUUGUGCCAUGUCAUCCAUACCUCGACCCAACCCCAUUCUUUGAGUACUGUUCAUACGAUGCCUGUGCCACCUCACCCAACGAUACAGUGGUCUGUGAUGAUACCAGCGUGUACGCCGACAGGUGUAUCGAACUGGGUUACCCGCCAAACACCUGGCGUUCUGCUGACUUCUGUCCGUAUGAAUGCCCCGAUGGCUUCGUCUACUCCCCCUGCGUCCCUGCAUGCCCAGAGACCUGCUUUGACACCACUCCAGGGGAGGGUUGUGAUGAUGAGAGGGAGUGCCGAGAAGGGUGUGUCUGCCCGGAGGGGAUGGUUCUCGCUGAUGGAGAGUGCAUAGCGAGAGAGGAAUGCGGGUGUGUCUUCACAGAGGGAGACCUUGAGGUCUAUCUUCCGGUUGGUGAGAGCUUCGUAUCUGUUAACUGUUCAAGUGUUUGUACCUGCGAAGCUGGAGCCAAUCAGGUGUGUGAAUCCAUGUCAUGUGACCCCAAUGCUUACUGUGGCGUCGAAGAUGGGGAGAGGAGAUGUAUCUGCAUGGAAGGAUACCUUGGUGACGGCCUGGAUUGUAUUGAAGUCACAGAAAUGCCAACUACGCCGAUGAUUACUACAACAGCUGAUUUCACCACAACACCACAGUUUACAACAGAUUUUACCACAAGAUUUACAACAGAUAUGACUACAGAUUUUACAACCCAGUUUACAACAGAUCUUACAACUGAUUUAACAACUGAGUUCACAACUGAUUUCACAACAGACAUCACUACAGAUGUAACAACACAAUUCACAUCUGAUUUUACAACUGAUUUCACAACAGACAUGACCACAGAUUUAACAACACAUUUCACAUCUGAUAUAACUACUGAUUUCACUACGGACAUGACAACAGAUUUAACAACACAAUUCAAAUCUGAUAUAACUACUGAUUUUACAACAGAUUUCACUACAGACAUGACUACAGAUUUAACAACACAAUUCAAAUCUGAUAUAACUACUGAUUUUACAACAGAUUUCACUACAGACAUGACUACAGAUUUAACAACACAAUUCAAAUCUGAUAUAACUACUGAUUUUACAACUGACUUCACAACAGACAUGCCUACAGAUUUAACAACACAAUUCACAUCUGAUAUAACUACUGAUUUUACAACAGAUUUCACUGCAGACAUGACAACAGAUUUAACAACACAAUUCACAUCUGAUAUAACUACUGAUUUUACAACUGAUUUCACGACAGACAUGACUACAGAUUUAACAACACAAUUCAAAUCUGAUAUAACUACUGAUUUUACAACUGAUUACACCACAGACAUUACAACUGAUAUUACUACAGAUUUGAAAACAGAUAUAAAUGAAAAAACAACAAAAUUAACUACGUAUUUGACAACUGCAGAUGCAACUUCACAAAUUACAACAGAUUUUACCACUGAUUUCACAACCAAAUUUACAAGAGAUAUUACUUCAGACCUUACCACAGAUGUAACUACAGAAUUUACCACUGAAUUUACAACUGACUCUACAACUGUAUUUACAACUGUAUUGACAACUGACUUUACUACAGACCUUGCCGCAGAUGCAACUACAGAUUUUACGACAGACAUGACAACAGAUACCACUACUAACACCAGCAGUAAAUUUACGAAAGGUUUGACUGAGCCACUAACAACAACCUCUACCACUGGCUACAGUACAGAAUAUUCAGCCAGCCCUUCUACCAAAGGAAUGACCACAGAUCUUGCCACAUCAGUGAUGAUAGAUAAUUCUACAAAGGGUAUGAGUACAGAUUUUGUGACAUUAGGAUUGACUACAGAUCAAUUGACUGUUGGAUUGACAACAGAUUCACCCACCAAGGGUGUAACAAGUGAUUUAUCAACAAUGAGAGCAACGACUGAUGUAUCUGUCACUAGUAAUCCAUUGACCAUGGGGGUGACGGAAGAUAAAUCUACAGUCGUUCUUACAACAGAUAAAUCUACAGUUGGUGUCACGGACAAGUCUACCUUGGCUGUCCCUGACAAAUCUACUGUGGGACCUACAGAUAUACCUACAUUGGGUUUAUCCACAAUGGAUGUAACAAUGAGCAUGCUGUCCAAAGGAUUGACCACAGAGUCAUCCACCAGAGGGUUGACAACAGAUUUGGGAAUAGUUUCUGAAACUCCUGAAAUAAGCACAACUAACAAAAUGACGACAGAACAGACAUCAGACAAGUCAACUGUUCUGGUUACAUCAGAGAGAACGGUGUCUACUGUUGUGGAUGGCAAAACAACUGAACAGUCCAUUUUUACCACACCUAAAAGAGAUAUUUCCACUAAAGCUAUGUCUGAUUUUACAAGUGAUCAAAUAACGACUGACAACUUUAGACCAACUAGUCGAUUACUUACUCAAGACCUCACUUCAGAUAAAAGUACUACAGAAAUAAAGACUACUACUAUCUUGCCAACUGAUGAUUUUUCUUCUGUAGGAAGUACUGCAAAGGCAGUCAUUUCAACAGAAUCAGUAGAGGUUACUACAUCCAAUACAACCCAAGGGUCUGAAGCAAAAACUACCGAUGAAAUAGGAGCUACUACAGGGCCAGUCACUCGUACACAAAGAAUAGAAUCAACAACUCAGAUGAAGACCCAAGUUACUGAUGUUGCCACUACUGACAAAGUAGAUAUUCAAACCACUAGCUUGCCAGUGUCGACCACAUUCACGACCCCCGUAUUCACAACAUCCGAGAUUUUGGAUAAUAGUACAACAAUAGAGACUACCACUGACUUGACAAGUUUACCAAUAAUAGACAACUCAACCACAAAGGGGCUUAGCACUGAGUCACCUUCCACCAAAUCCGCUACCACAAGUGCCCUUGAGUACACAUCAAAACACACAACAGAUAUGGUUGUCAUAGAAACCACAUCAAGGGGUGUGACAUCAAAAAUGGAUGUUACCACAAGAGACUCGGGAACCACUGAAAAGUCUGCUGAUAUCACUACAUCUGCCAUUGCUACCACAAAGGCAAUGAGCUCUCCCGAUAUGUCUACACCAGAAAUAGAACUAUCAACAACAUCUGGCGGGGGAACUCCUACAGCACCCAUCAUGGUUUCCACAACGCAAGAGCAAGCAGAAGUGACCACCAGUUCAGGGUUCAGUACCACUAGUGAAGUUGUUAGAACUGAUAUAAUAACUGUUGAUGUGGGUUCAACAACCACCACAGGGCAAGCAACAUCUACAACUGAAGUUGGUAAUGCUACCACUCCAGUCAUGGUGACAAGUUCUGAUAUAGGUUUGAGCACCACAGAGCAAGGAACAUCUACAACUGAAGUUGGUAAUGCUACCACUCCAGUCAUGGUGACAAGUUCUGAUAUGGGUUUGAGCACCACAGAGCAAGGAACAUCUACAACUGAAGUUGGUAAUGCUACCACUCCAGUCAUGGUGACAAGUGAUGAUAUUGGUUUGAGCACCACAGAGCAAGGAACAUCAACAACUGAAGUUGGUAAUUCUACCACUCCAGUUAUGGUGACAAGUGAUGAUAUGGGUUCAACAUCUGCCACAGAGCAAGGAACAACAACUUUAACUGAAGUUCUGAAUGCCACUACUCCUAUAAUUGUGACAAGUGAUGCUAUGGGUUCAACAAUUACUACAAAUCAAGGAACAUCCACAACUGAAGUUGGAAAUGCAACCAUUCUAGUCAUGACAAGUGAAAUUGUUGUCACGAGUGGCGGACAGACAACCAGGUCAGGGACUAGCGCAAAGGUCUCUACUGUUGCAGCUGCUUCUAGCACUGAGGCUCGCACCCCAACAGACAUUAUGGCUCCUGCAACUACUACAGAUUCUCUUACUACGCCAAGCCUUACAAGUGAUGGAACUACAACUUCUGCAACAACUUCCGAGGAAUCCCGAUUAACUACAAAGGAUUUGACAACUACGGCAACCACUUUUGGCAUGACCACUGAAUCGAGACAGACAACCAGAGGACAGACAACUCAAGAAAUGACGACGGAAGCCCAGACAACUACGCCCCCUAUCGAAACGUCCUCUUGUCGCGUUUGGGGCGACCCUCAUUACGUAACAUUCGACUCUAGAACCUUCCACUUCCAAGGUCAGUGUAACUACACGCUCGCGAAGCUUUGUAACGAGUCUCUGGAAAAUGAUGAUCGUUCGUGGUUUGACAUCGUCAUCGACAGCAGAUUAAAAGCCGUGGACGGUUCGACGUCAUACCUCAGACAGAUUUAUCUCAAUAUUUCGUCACAUACGAUUUCGUUACUACAAGGUCGUGUUGUAUUGCUUGAUGAUGUUCUCCAACGUCUCCCUUACUACUCUCCAAGUGGGCUCUACAUUACCUAUGCUGGUCGAUAUGUGGUUGUAUCAACCAGUACAGGUUUGGUUCUGCGAUGGGAUGGUGACGGCGGGAUAACGCUGACAUUACCUCCAGCCUACAGCGGCGCCACCUGUGGUCUAUGUGGAGACUUUAACGGAAAAGCCUCCGAUGAUUUCGCUCUUCCCGACGGCUCAUUGGCGUCGAAUUCAACAUCUUUUGCUCAGGGAUGGAGUCUAGAUGAUGUCUGUGCUGAUAUCAACCAAGUAGACCCGUGCUCUUCCGACUUAGAUCUACUUUCUAAUGCCCAAAGAAGAUGCAGUAUUCUUUCAAGUGGCGAAGCAUCUGCCUUUUCAGACUGCCAACAAUCGGUUGAUCCUUCAUUCUAUUAUGAAUCGUGCGUCUACGAUGUCUGUGCCGAGCUGCCAGGCGAAGGGGGAGCCGACUGCGACGCAUUCGCCGCCUACCAUCAGGCUUGUCUGGAUGAAGGUCACACUUUUACUGAAGAGUGGAGAACCCCAAGCUUAUGUGACUCGGCGUGCAGUAGCAAUUCGACGUACCAGACCUGUACCUCAUCUUGCCCCGCGACAUGCCCGGGUCGCGCCGUGGAUCCUCCGUGCGAUACCCGAUGUGUGGAAGGGUGUGCUUGUGAUGGCGGGUAUUUACUCGACGAUGACACAUGCGUACCUAUCAGCCGUUGUCAUUGUGAGCGUGAUGGAUCCUUCUAUUCCGCCGGAACUUCAAUACUCUCAAGCAGUUGCUCUGAAUUAUGUAUGUGUGUGAAUGGACUUUUCAUGUGUGAAGUGGUCUCAUGUGAUGAGAAUGCAAGCUGUGGAAUGGAUGCAAACAAUGAUACGACAUGCGUCUGUAACGCUGGUUAUGAAGGAGAUGGGUACACCUGCUUGGCCAUUGUAUAUGAUCUUCAAGUAUGCACUGUCUAUGGUGACCCACAUUAUGUCACCUUUGAUGGACGAGACUUCACCUUCCAAGGAGAUUGUGUACACACAUUGGUCACCUCAGAUUGCAUCAACGGUACCUCAGACAAAACCUUCAGUGUCAUGGCUACAGCGGCAAAGGAUGGUGCUGCAGACAACUUCACGUACACCAGGGAACUUAGUGUGAAUGUUAACGGACUGGCUAUUACCAUGACAACUACUGAUAUAUUCCUUGAUGGGGUGCGUGUCAAUGUUCCUUUCUACAAGAGCAAUGUAUACUUUACACAGAGUGGAGAAUAUAAGGUUGUGAUGACGGACUAUGAUCUGGCAGUAAGAUGGGAUGGAGUGAGCACAGCCGAGGUGUGGCUCUCCGAGUACUACGCCAGCAAUGUGUGCGGACUGUGUGGUAACUUGGAUGGUGACGUUAGCAACGAUUUCACCAAACCUGACGGGUCGGAAGCAAUAACAAGUGAAGAGUUUGGGGACAGCUGGAGUGAUGGUAGUCUAUCGUGUCCAAUGACACCUCCGGACGUUGACCCAUGUGCUUCAGAUACCAUCCUCAGGGAUACUGCUAUCUCACAAUGCUCAAUUUAUCUCAACGAUACAGAUGUGUUUGGAGAUUGCUAUUCAUCAAUCCCCUUGGAUCCUUACUAUGAGAAUUGUUUGUAUGAUAUGUGUGCCACGAACCUGAACAGUUCUGUGCUAUGUAACAUCGUUGAGGUGUAUGCUACACGAUGUGAGCUCCAGACUGAUUGGAGACGCACUGUAGAUGGUCCUUGUGUUUAUGAGUGUCCAGCAAACUCUGUGUACAGCUCUUGUGUGACAGAAUGCCCCUCAUCCUGUGCUGAACACGGAACAAUUGAACAGUGCACGAGUCUAGAGCUGGGAUGCACAUCUGGAUGUGUGUGCGAGGAAGGGUUUGUGUACGAGGGCGACCAGUGCAUUGUCUCUAGUCUUUGUGGGUGCACCUACGAUGGCCUCUAUUUCAUGAGCAACGAAGAGUACAUCCCGGAUGGAUGUGGCCAGCGUUGCGUGUGUGACGGUUUAUCCCACAUGAUGUCAUGUGAAUCCAUCCAGUGUGCUUUCAACGGUAUUUGUGAGAUCAGGGAUGGUGCCAGAGCAUGCUACUGUCAGGAUACAGCGAAUGACGAUACCUGCUACAAUGCAACAGUGGGAUACACCAUUACCCUUGAGCAUGCUUCAAGGUCCACCCUGACCAUCGCCUGGACAGCAGACCAGGCAGUCACAUCGGUCAUUAUCCAGUACCGUGUCCUAGAUGAUGAGGUCUGGUCAAACAGCUCCAACGUGGAUGCAACAAGGCAGAUCGUUAUCCUGGAUGGUUUGACAGCCUCACAGUCCUACCAAGUUAGAUUUGUGUUUGUAGGGGAUUCCUUCUAUACAAGGUCAUCUGUUGAGGUGUUCGAUACUUGCUCGCCUGGAGUGCAGGGUCCAGAGUGUACAACAGACUACAGCAGCACAAGUGCAUAUGACUUCAAUCUGAUAUAUGCCACCAGUGCCUCUCUGGAGCUUGAAUGGACCCUACCUGGGAUCGUGGAAAUCCAAUGGGUACGCCUCCAGUACCGCGAAUCACCCACAGAUCCUUGGAACAACGGCACUCUCCUAGAAAGCAUGGCGACUUCCGAUGUCAUCCAGGGUCUGGCUGAGCUGACAUCUUACCAGGUACAGGUGGCCAUCGGACUGUCCGGCGGGGAGCAGGCAGAGAGUGCCGUACUGACCUUGCUAACUUGUAGCGGUGGGACGGCUGGUCUCAACUGUGAAGGAGCUGUUCCUAUUGAUGCUAGCGUGGACACGGUCAGUAGUGACUUUGUGACUGUUACCUGGACAGUGUACGUGACCGUCGACCAAGUAGCCGUCCAACACCGUGUCACGACCUCUCCACAGGCUCGCGUCCUGAUCACUGCCGAUGGGUGGACUGAGGAGCCACCCGUUCCAGCCGAUCGUGGGUUGUACAACAUAGAGGGGUUGGAGCCAGGUGUGACGUAUGACUAUCGGCUCAAACUGAUCAAUGACACGCAGGAACAGUUUGGAGAGACUAAUCAGGUUACGCUGUGUCCAGAAGGAUUCCAGGGCGCUAAUUGUGAAAUCAACUAUGCAGAACUCGGAGCAUAUGAUGUUCGCCUUGUCGAAGCCAUGUCCUCAUCGCUCAACGUCACCUGGAAGACCACUGUUUCCAUCAUCUGGUCACAGGUGCAGUACAAACGGACUUUGGAUACCUCUGACCUGUGGGUGUCCACCAACCAGCUCCAACCCUCAGAGACAGAGGUGCUUCUGAGUCCCCUGGUGGAGGAUACAGCAUACAGCGUCAGGGUACUUGUCACCAGAAUGGACGCAUCUUCCACCAUCAGUGAUGUGGUCCAGAUGAAGACUUGUGUGGCAGGUUUCAGAGGUCUCAACUGUGAGAUUGAAAUGCCAGUUGUUACCAGUACACCCAGUCCAACCACCAUGCAGACCUCACCUCCUACAGAAGCCUCCACCAUAGGACUGACCACACCCUCUACCAUGGGGGUGACUUUGCCCCCUACCGAUGCUACUACCACCAUUACCGCACCCCUCUACAUCAUUGAGACUGUUGGAAAGACCAGUACAUCUCUGACAUUCAGUUGGGCUCUUCAGCAAGCCAGUGUGGCUCAGGUAUUUGUGGAGUACAAACCAAAUCUUUCACAGAUAGCUUGGACACAGGUUCCUGCUUCCUCCCCAGAACAAACAUCAUUCACAAUCAACGGAUUGACCCCAGCCAUAAGCUAUGACAUCAGACUUAUGCUGGUCUAUGAAGAUACAACAGAGGCCUAUGGGGACGUGUAUACACUGCAAACAUGCAGCGAGGGAUUCAGAGGUGUUGAUUGCCAGACUGCCGAGGAGUCACCAUACAGGAUCCGACUAACGCAUAUCAACAGUCUUUCCAUCACCACUGAAUGGACGUCCCCAACUUCUGCGACCGAUGUAGUCCUACAGUACAGGAUCAGCGGCGGGACGUGGAACAAUGGCUCUGUAGUAGCACGUUCAAGGGGGUUCUACAUCCUGACAGGUCUGGAUGAUAAUGAAUCGUAUGACCUGAGAGGACUCUUUGCAGAGGAGCAGUCCGUUGAGUUCAGUGAUGUGAUCAGUGCCAUGACCUGUGAACAGGGCUUUGCUGGGGUAACCAUGUGUGACACUGACUACUCGGAAGUUGGGGCAUACGAUGUGGUUUUGAAUACAGCUACCAGUACCUCAUUGACUAUAACAUGGGCUGUGAGUGUUUCGACAGAGUGGCAUAUGGUUCAGUACAGAAUUGAUUCAAACUCUGUAACCCCCGAAUGGUUCAACUCCACCGAGCUUAAUGCCAGCACCACAAGCUUUACCAUUGAGGACCUUGAACCCAGUGAAAUCUACAGAAUCCGGGUCUUGACCCGUAGGACAUUGGUGGCUGGUCGAAGGAAGCGAGCUGACAUUGCGGAGAAUGUAGGCAUCAGUGCUGAGGUUCUCUAUGUUACCUGUCAGAACGGACUUCAAGGACUCAACUGUGAAGAUCUAGUUGAUCCAUCCACUGAACAGCCGACUGAACCUCCCACUUUGCCCCGGCGUACAACAGUCACACCAUCAAGUAUUCCUUGGAGGGAUAUUCUGAUUGGUCUUUUAGUGGUCUUCGGAAUUCUCGUUAUCAUCGUAAUCUUCAUUAUCAUCCUUAUUUAUGGCAAGGUCAAAAGGAGACGGACCCAGAUGGCUAAAAUUCAAGAGGUCAACAAUGGCACCCAACGGGGCUACAGACAGUCGGAUGUCCUCUAUGUGACGGACAGUAACUCAUACACAUCAUCGGAGGUCGACGAUCACCACAAUGGUGUCGACUACGGUCAAGAUGUGGUUGCCGACCCAGGUCAUGUCCGCAUUAGCAUGGUUGGUGACCGUGACAACAUGCGUGAUGCGGGAACCAGUACAAGAUGGACGAAUAGUCCGGAAUAUAACAAUGGGAUGUAUAGAUAUAACGCAGCUUAUGACCCCUCGGAGGCUGAGAAUAUGUAAUGUCUAAUGAAAAUAUUACAAAUACCCCCCCCCCCCCCCGCUUUAGAAUAGCUUGCAAUAUUCGAAGCACUAGUAUUUGAAACAACUGAUCCAUUUAUGUAGUAUGUCAUUCUUAGGAUGUGAUAACUAAAAUUUCAAAAGACGCAAUGACAUGAAUUAUCUCACACAUGAGGCUGCUAUAUCAAUGCAAUUUAAUGAAUUUAAUUUAAUGAAUUUACAGAGGCUGAAAAGGUAUAUAAUGUGCAAGUUUAAGUUUGAUUAUUUUCACUCAUAGGUCAAGUAAAUAAAUGAAUCAGAUAAGAAGCAUUAAUUGAUUUUGUACUAAGUGAUUGAUUGUAAUGUUUUUUUACUUAUUUUAUGUAUGAAUUUAAUUAUAAACAUAUUAAAUGAACAAAUAGCAUUGGACUAUGUGCACCUAGAAUUAGGGAACAAUCUUCCUUUACAGCUGCAUGUAUUUGAAAGAAAAAGUAUAUAAUACAAGACAUAGGUAUCCAAAUUUAUAAUUUUUAUAUCUUCCUAAUAUUUAUAUUGAUGAUGUUGCAUUCUUCUGUAUUAAAUCUGUGUUGAUUUAAGAGCUGAUAAACCCAAAGUGUUUUAUCCAUAUGUUUUAUAUACACGUAUAAUUAUAUAAUGGAAUGACGUAUAAUUUCAUUCGAGUUAUAUUUUUUUCAUUGGUUCUCAACUUUGAUAGAAUACUGUACCGACUAAUUGUAUUCAGUUCAUCUAUCAACUAUAUGUCACCCAAAAUCUAAAAUAUAUCCUAGGACUACAUAAACUUUGAAUUUUGGAGACAUUGAUUACUUGGUAAGCAUAAGUGAUUGUGACUCCUGUUUUCAUUAAAAUGUCUAAUUUUGCAAAGUUUGAUUGUAAACCAGGGGCCGCGGAACGGUUUUCAAAGUGGGGGGCU